AUGUCGAACAUCAGUGGCCUCACAUUCGAAUCGGUCUUCUGUGGAUCAGAUACCCCUUUGAGACCGUCGCAUUGCGAUAAUCAAAUUACACAAAUCAGCAAGGCUGCGAAAAGCAAAGAUGAUUUAGAAUUAUUCAUGAGAAAAACUCCGCUUAUGAUUCUUGAAGAAGGAGCCAAAGGAGCAUAUCAACAAACGCCUUCAUGGUCAUGCGCAGAAAUCCCCAGCACAUCCGGCCCAGAGUUCGAAAUGACCUUGACAUUGAGAGGAAAAACGGUCAAAGCUCGUGCGAGCAGCAAGAAAGCUGGAAAGCAGAAAGCUGCUCUCGAGUAUCUUCAUCAACUUAUAAACGAUGGAAAACGAGUAGAAUUUUUUAUUCCUGGAGAUACUGAUGAAGAAGCUCGUGCUAAUGUAAAUGCGAUAGUUGAGAGGCCACAAGAAGAUACAAAACGAGGAGUUUCCAUUACUGCAAAAGAAGUUGACAAAUCAAUCCCUACUGUCAAAGAAUUCCCACCAAAUGUUGAUGGGGGCAAAAACUGGGUGGGAGCCUUGCAAGAGAAAUGUCAAAAGCUGAAAUUGGAGGGUCCUGGCUACGACGACUGUAAAAUAGAAAGUAACUCUCAAUUCAUGGUGACAUGCAGUAUGAAAAACCAAAAAACGCGAGGAAUUAAACCGAAAAUCAAGCACGCUAAAAAUCUUGCUGCCUGGCUUAUGCUGAAGAGUUUGGAAGAAGGGAUUGAAGCAGUUCAAAACUUCGAUUUGUCGACAGAGUUCGAAGAGCUUGAAGUAGACGAGCACCUCGCUAGUAUUCGAAAUGAAGUCUUCAACACCAAAGAUAAAAAAUCUGCAUUAAUCGAUCUACUUUCGGAUAAAGCUCGCUUCUCAGAAUAUACUCUGGAUUUCAAACUCCCAACAGUUAAUAAUUUUGGAAUCCACCAAAUUUUGCUUCAAAUCGAGAUAUGUCGUCCUGACACUCCGGACUCGGAUGACUUGCAGAUGGGAGCAGAACACACACAAACACCAGAACUUAUGAAAGCCAUGGCUGAAAAAGAGCAACAAAGGAAAAAAUUACCAGACCCUGGAACCAGAGUGUUCUCUGGACAUGGGACUUCUGAAGAUGAGGCCGUUCAAUCCGCGUGUAAAUCUGCCCUGAUUCAUUUCCAUACUUACGACUUUACCGAUUGA